CUGCGCACAGCACCUACCUUCGGCGAGCGGCUCCAGCCCCCCUCCUCCCGGCGCCUCCUUCUCCUCCUCCUCUUCCUCCUCCCCUCCCCUGCAGAGCAUGCACAGCCCGGGACUCGCAUCGCCGGCUCCGAGGCGGGCAGGCGAGACCCCGCUCCUCUCUUAGCCCCGCUGCCUGGAGGCUCCCACCGCCCUUCAUCCCCCUUCUCAACCGGACUUUUCCCCCGCUCCCCAGGGUGAUGAGGCGGCCGACGCGGCGGCUGGCGCUGUCUCUGCUGGGGGUGCUCUGGCUCGCCGCCCUCCUCCUCUUCUUCUUCGGGGCGAGGAGGAAGUUGGAGGCGGCGGGAGCCGAGGAGCGCACGCCGGAGGUCUCGGAUGUGGACUGGGACGACCUUUGGGAUCAGUUUGAAGAGCGGAGGUACCUGAGCGCCCGGAGGUGGAAGGGCGGCGAGGACCCGUACCGGCUCCAUGCCUUUAACCAGCGGGAGAGCGAGAGGAUCCCCAGUGACCGCGCUGUCCGCGACACCCGUCAUCACAGGUGUACGACACUGCACUACCGCCAGGACCUCCCAUCCACCAGUGUCAUCAUCACCUUCCACAAUGAGGCCAGGUCAACCCUGCUAAGGACGAUUCGGAGUGUGCUGAACCGCACCCCAGUGCACCUCGUCCAUGAAAUCAUACUAGUGGAUGACUUCAGUGAUGAUCCUGAUGACUGCCGCUUGCUGUGCAAGCUCCCCAAGGUGAAGUGCUUGCGGAACGGACGGCGAGAAGGUCUGAUCCGAUCCCGAAUCCGAGGGGCAGAUGUGGCACAAGCAGGAGUCCUGACCUUCCUCGACAGUCACUGUGAGGUGAAUAAGGACUGGCUGCUCCCUCUGCUGCAGAGGAUCAAAGAGGAUCCCACCCGAGUGGUCAGCCCUGUUAUUGACAUCAUCAACUUGGACACUUUUGCCUAUGUGGCGGCUUCCUCGGACCUCAGAGGAGGUUUUGACUGGAGUCUGCAUUUCAAAUGGGAGCAGCUUUCCCCAGAGCAGAAAGCCAAACGACUUGAUCCCACCGAACCCAUUAAGACUCCCAUCAUUGCUGGGGGGCUAUUUGUGAUGGACAAAGCCUAUUUCAACCACCUGGGGAAGUACGACAGUGCCAUGGACAUCUGGGGUGGGGAGAACUUCGAAAUCUCUUUCCGUGUGUGGAUGUGUGGAGGGAGCCUCGAAAUCAUCCCCUGCAGCCGAGUUGGGCACGUCUUCCGGAAGAAACAUCCAUACGUCUUUCCAGAGGGAAAUGCCAAUACAUACAUUAAGAACACCAAGCGCACCGCGGAGGUGUGGAUGGAUGAAUUCAAGCAGUACUACUACGCUGCUCGUCCUGCAGCCCAGGGGAGACCUUAUGGAAACAUCCAGAGCAGAGUGGAGCUGCGGAAGAGGUUGAAAUGCCACAGCUUCAAGUGGUACCUGGAAAAUGUUUAUCCUGAACUCCGGAUUCCUGAGGAAUCGCUCUAUCAGACUGGGAUGAUCAGGCAAAGGCAGAGCUGCCUGGAAUCACACAAGUCUGAAGCCCAAGAGUUCCCCAUCCUGAGCUUAAAUCCUUGUAUCAGCAGCAAAGGCACAGCAGCAACGGCACAGGAAUGGAUGUACACAUACAACCACCAUGUCCGCCAGCAACAGCUGUGCUUGUCGGUGUACACCCUCUUCCCUGGCUCCCAAGUGCUGAUGUCACCUUGCAAAGAAGGUGACAACAAGCAGCGAUGGGGUAAAGUUGGGUCACACAUUGAACACAUAGCUUCACGCUUCUGUCUGGACACUGAGACGAUUGGGGACACGAAUGAGAGUACCAAAGAGCUUGUCAUCAACCCUUGUGAGAGCACAGCCAUGAGUCAGCGCUGGGACAUGGUGAUGUCUUGACCCACUGGAGGACUUACACAGUGGGGAUGGGCACUGAGGCGUUGCUACACGCAGUCAAGAUGCACCAGGUGGAGCUCAGAUGCAAAACCACUGGGGGUUCUUGUGUACUAUGGGACAAAAGAAGGAUCGUUCAAAUAAAAAUAAGGACGUGGUGCUCCAGGUUGAACAACGCACGUUGCCUGCAAGACAUGCAGCCAGUAUUGGCCUGUUGGGGGCCAUACCUUCAAAGAGAAGGCAUGGCAAAAAAAACCCUUGGAAUGUUUUAGGGCGAUACCGAAGCUCCUGCGAUGGGCACUACAGAACUUAGGUGUGCACAAUACUGAAUUAAUCUCACUGGAAACACAGGUAGAAGGGUCUUGGAGACCAAAAGAAGGCUUGGACUUAGCAAAACAAGCAUCUCAAUGGCUUUUGGGGGGUGAGGCAGGUGCACAAAGAGGGAUGUGCCAAGGGAUGCUAAGAAACGUCACCUGGGAUCAAGCAGCAAACACUGAUUUAUCUUUGCACUUUUCAUUGCUGUGGAUGAGUUUGUCUUCUGCAGGCAGCAUGGGUGGAGAUGUGUUGCACCUUUGAAUCUGUAUCUGAUCCACGUACAUCUUGUGUAUACAGAGGCAGGGCAGUCAUUUAUGGCUGUGGCCAGGAUCAAACCAGCAAGUAGUAGGGGAAUUCUGCUCAGUGCUAACUGCACAUGGGGAUCGUUGAAUCUCCAAAGCCCAAGCAAACAGAGGAUUCAGUGUGUGAGAUUAAAGGAUAUAAACUGCUGUGAAGCUGGAAGGAAAGGCAGUAACUUCAUUAUUUCUCCUCUCUGAAGGUCACGGGUGAGCCUUGAUCACUGAAAACUCCCCGUAAUCUCAUUAUGUGCCUCUCACUGUUUCAGAUCUGGACUAAGUCAAAUUUUUACUUUUCUUCCAUAAAGGUUAUAGUUUUGGGAAUUGAAGGUAAUUGUGUCAUAUUUCUGUUUCCCAAUUUCCCAACUACAUAAGAGAGGACUCCCAAGAAGUGCUGCUACCAAACGAACAGAGGAGGUAAUGAAAACCAGAGACUGCUUUUAGAAGGAAAAGGAAGGUUACCUGGUAUUUCUUCCCAGGUAUCUUGUUGCCCAAGUACUGAAGGAAAGGUUUGGAAAUCCUCCAGUCACACUUGUGAGCAGGGAACCCUGGGUCACAAAGUACCCCUCUCCCAGGCAUUUAGCAUAGGCAGACAUGGCAGAAAUUGUUUCUUCAGCUUUUGGAGAUAUGUCAUUAACCAGGGCUCAUAUCCAUUGCUAUCACUAUAUGGCAGUGAGGUGACUGCCAAAGGAGACUAAGCAGACCUCAGAAGGGGUCUUGAUAAUGGCCCUAGGACUAGAAGUUCCUUUCCAGCCUCUUUCAGAGCAGCUCCCACUACAGCAACAAGUAACAGGUAGUGAGUCACCAAGAGAUGUGCACUCAGUUCUUGUGUAGUACCAACUCUCGAAAAGAACUUGGACAGGGCUGUCAGUGUGACUUGACAGAAAAUACAGUUUGUGUUUCUAAAAAUGCUGGGGUUUAAUGAAAAUCCUACCCUCUGUCUCAUGUGCUGCAAGCUACAGGUAAAAUACCAUAAGCUUUGAGCCUUUGAGUGCUCUCAGCAUCCCUUCUUGAAUAAAUUGCUGGCUUUCAGGAUUUCACUGCCUCAGUUUCUCCUCCCUCAGUGCUGGGAGAAAGCCGUAUAUGUAAAUCUCCAGCUUUAGAGGCAGAACCAGUAUAACUCUUUAUGUACAAAAGGUUGAAGGGUAUAAACGCUUUCUGUGUGCUGCAUUGAUUACUAACCUCAUCAAGCUCCCUAGAUGCAAACUCAAGGACUUUGGUUAUGAAAGGGCUGGAGCAAGCUGUCAUUUCAUGGCAGGAGAUGGCAUUGUUUUCAUGUCACCUCUCUGCACAGGAAACAAAGGGAAGCACUUAAAAUGGAAUGGACCCAUUUCACAAAGAAAGGGUAGUGACCUUGGGUUCCUUCUAUUUAAUGGAACCAGGGAAAUAUCACACCUACUUUUCACACUGGUGAUGACAGGCGAGUGGUAGUAAUUCCUUGUCUGGUGCUCACAAGGGAAAUCAGCUCCCAGGAGCCUGAAACUUAACAUGUUCACACCUGUACUGUGCCCAGUUGCUGGCACUUUGAAAAUUCAAAGAGCUGAACAACUUGGCAUCAGUUUCGAAGUCCAGCACCCAGCAGGUACACCCUGAGCAGCACCUCACACCUUCCUAGCUUUAUUAUUUUCCACCAAAGCUGACAAUAGCAGUUCUGCUGACAGCCAAAGCUCUCUAAACAGGGACUGCUCUUCCUUGCCUUAGCAGAAACAGCUACCUCAGUGUGUGUGUGGGACCUGCAGGGAUGUGUUUCAGGAAGAAGUUGUUUGGCCAGCUUUUCAGCUCUCUUUUGGGAAACCCGAAUGCUAUACCAAACUCUUCCUAUUCGAAAAACACGGGCUAAAGGUGAUCACUGCAAACUUGUCUGGGGCGGUGGAAGGCAGGCAGUGGGGAAGGUGACAUCAGGCAUGGUGUCUCCUACAAGAAAGCAGCAUCAUUCAGCUAAACCUCUUGCAGGCACAAAAGCCAUCACCUGGGAAGCAGUGGCUGCUCGGCAAGCUGGUGAUUGUGUCUCACGCAUCAGCUGUAACCCUUAGACUGCAGCUUAUUUCAUGGUCCAAGAAAAGAGAUUAACCCUAUGGAUCAGCCGUGUUUUUGGAGAAGCUUGAAGGUAUCAGCCUGACUCCUGGGAAGCUUUAUAUAAGCAGGCAAUGGACCUGCAGUCUCCAGAGUUAGCCCCAAUAUGGCAUUUAGGAGAUCUGCUUAUCAUCCCUGCAAAGAGACCUUGCAUCACGGCAGGGGGAAGGUUAACUGCUGCUGAAAGCCAACUCAUACUUUUAUUUCACACACUAAAAUACACUGGAGACAUAUGAACCUUUUUUGCUUUGGAUCUGUUAUUUGCCUAGACAUCUAUUUUCAUGCCGUGCAGAUAUACAUGACAUUGACAGGUGUAUCUAGAUGGGCUCCUGUGCCUAUACCUCUUAAGCCCUAGUGUCAUUUGGUAGUAAUGCUUUUUGGUAACAUUUUGCACUGACUUGAAGGAAAAAGAUAGUAGAAAAUAUGGUUCUAAUCCUGGCUGUUGAGCUUUGUGACAUCCUUUAUGAAUUCCAGAUAAGUCACUUCUUGUGCCUUGGGAAAAUUAGGUUCAGAACAGGAAACUCAGGGCUAGAACUUUUAAAAAGCCAACCAAGGCUAUGCAAAAGAAACCCCCAAAACCAAAAUGCACCUUAGCCUUCUCCUUCCCUCCCAAAGGAGAUCCAUGCUCUGUUUGAAACAAAUCUAUCUGGUUCUAGUUGGGCUGGGGAAGUCUACCUUGCUGCUUAUGUGAUUUCCAGGUAUUUUACGCUCAUCUUCCUGUAAGAGCACAGUAGUAUAAGACAGCAACACAAAGCAUCAGUGACUGGAACCUCAGUUUACAACAUUCCAACGUAGUAAUUUUGUAGCAAAGAGGUAGAAACUGAAUUCAAAGAUCUUUGAUUGUCCAUUGAUGCAAGAGGAAAAUGGGGCUGGGGGGACUAUGGUUCAAGACAAACACCAGCCCUGAGUGUUAACCCCUUCUUCUAUUUCAAGGAAUAACUUGGGAUAGCUUGCUUCAUUUCCCUGCCUCAGAUUCCCAGACUUUUAGUGAAGACUGAAUGUUUUGAGCAGAGGGAAAGCCAAGAAUUAGUUUUUGGUGUGUGCAAUGCCAGCAGUACUGGACUGGCAAUGGGCUGGCAGUCUCUGGAGUCAGCUCCAUGGACCCUUAUCUGUCUGUGCAGGACCUGGUCCAGAUCAAGUUAAUUUUCCUCAUAGCAUCCUGUACAGUGCUGUGUUUUAGAGUGGUGACCAAAACAGUCUUGAUAAUACACAAUGUCUUAGUUACUGCUUUGCUUGCACGAUGUCAAGGCCUUCUCCAUCUCUCAGUCUAAUGCCCCAGACAGUAGGCUAGGCUGGGGUUUAUUUUUUUUUUUCUUUCCUUUUCCUUCAUUUAUUAAACUGUCUUUAUGUUUUCCUUACUUUUGCCCUUCUGAUUCUUUCCUCCUUCCUGUUUGGCAGGGAGCGGGUAGGGGCUUAGCUGCCUAAGCCAACUAGGGUCCAUAGUGUAACAGGCUGGUAUUCUUCAUGGCUUGGAUGCUGAUCACAACUGUGCAGUAAGACCUGUGCUGCUGAAAUAUCAAAUCUUACAAGCUUUAGUGAAAAGCUAUGGGCUAGAAUUGUUCGUAGAAGUGGUAAAGGAAGCAAAAUCAAGCAGGUUACACAUAAACAGCAGAAGAAACUGUAGCUCAUUUAUGUUCUGGCUAAAUUCAUUCUGAAUGAUCAGUCCAGCUCCAGUUUUAAUAUGACGCAGCUGCUUUAGGUGGCUGAAGAGUUUAAGGAAAGCCUUGUAUGGAUGUCCAGCUUACAUUGAGACAUAAGGGCUGAAAUCCAGUGGAAUUAUCUCAGAUUUAUGGAUGUUUUCCGUAUGUCCACUGUUCUGUUACUCACUGGAAGUGCCUUCAGAACCCUGUAAGAAUAAAAACCUGUUACAAGCUA